ACUGCCUGAGGCCAGGGAGUUCGCUGCAACUGCUCCUCGCUCACCCCCGUCCAGCUAGCUGUGCGUCCAGCCGCUAUGUCUGUCCACUUCAGCUCUCGCUCCACCGCCCUCCCCGGCCGCAAGGCUCAGGUGCUCCUGAGCUCAGGACGCCCUGGCGGCUUCAGCAGCAGCAGUCUCUACGGCCUGGGCACCUCAAGGCCUCGUGUGGCCGCGCGCUCCGCUUAUGCGGGGGGCUCGGUGGGUUCAGGCAUCCGUGAGAUCACCAUCAAUCCGAGUUUGCUGGCGCCGCUGAGGGUAGACAUCGACCCCACCAUCCAGCAAGUUCGCCAGGAGGAGCGGGAGCAGAUCAAGACCCUCAACAACAAAUUUGCUUCCUUCAUCGACAAGGUGCGCUUCCUGGAGCAGCAGAACAAGAUGCUGGAGACCAAGUGGGCCCUGCUGCAGGAGCAGAAGUCAGCCAAGGGCAGCCAGCUUCCCCGCAUCUUUGAGGCCCAGAUUGCUGGGCUGCGGCAGCAGCUUGAGGCACUGCAGCUGGAUGGGGGCCGCCUGGAGGUGGAGCUGCGAAACACGCAGGAGGUGGUGGAAGAUUUCAAGAACAAGUACGAGGAGGAGAUUAACCGGCGAACGGCUGCAGAGAACGAGUUUGUGUUACUGAAGAAGGACGUGGAUGCUGCCUACACGAACAAGGUGGAGUUGGAGGCCAAGGCGGACAGCCUGAAUGAUGAGAUCAGCUUUCUCAAGAGCCUGUAUGAGACAGAGUUGGCAGAGCUGCAGGCCCAGAUCUCAGACACCUCUGUGGUGCUCUCCAUAGACAACAGCCGCUCCCUGGACAUGGACGGCAUCAUCGCCGAUGUCAAGGCCCAGUAUGAGGAGAUGGCCCGCCGCAGCCACGCUGAGGCUGAGGCCUGGUACCAGACCAAGUUUGAGACGCUCCAGGCCCAGGCUGGGAAACAUGGGGAAGACCUCCGUAACACCCGGAGUGAGAUUGUGGAGAUGAACCGCACCAUCCAGAAGCUUCAGGCUGACAUUGAGACCGUGAAGAACCAGCGUGCCAAGUUGGAGGCCAGCAUUGCUGAGGCUGAGCAGCGUGGGGAGCUGGCCCUCAAGGACGCCAGUGCCAAGCUGGCCGAGCUGGAGGGCGCCCUGCAGCAGGCCAAGCAGGACAUGGCACGGCAGCUGCGCGAGUACCAGGAGCUCAUGAACGUCAAGCUGGCGUUGGACAUCGAGAUCGCCACCUACAGGAAGCUGCUGGAGGGCGAGGAGAACCGGUUGUCUGGAGAUGGAAUGGGGCCUGUGAAUGUCUCUGUCCUGAAUUCCACCGUGGGCAAUGGCAGCAGGCUCAUCGUUGGGGGGACCAUGGGCAGUAAUGCUCUGAGCUUCAGUGGGGGACCAGGAGCUCUCAAGGCCUAUUCCAUGAGGACCACAUCUACCGCUCGCAGGGCCCCCCACAACUGAGGCUUGGAGAGA